AGCAAGCUAAUUAAGAAAGUUCAAAUAAUGUAAUAAUAAAAUAGUUCAGAUUUCUUUAUAUGUUAACAUUAGAAGAAUUUUUAAAAUUAUUUCCUUCAACACAUUUUUCAGUAAACAAUGUUUAAAAUAUUUUAAACAAUGUUUAAAAUGUAUGUAUGUAUAUGAAUAUGAAUAUUUAAAGAUUAUUUGAAUGUAAAAGUAAAAUCUAUACUUAAACAAAGGAGAACAGAAAGAAGUAAAUAGUGCAAGAAAAAUAGAAUAGAAUAGAAUUCUUCAUUGGCCAAGAGUGAUUUGGACACAUAAGGAAUUUGUCUUUGGUGCGUAUGCUCUCAACGUACAUAAAAAGACAAGAUACAUUCAUCAAGAAUCAUAAGGUACAACACUUAAUGAUAGUCAUAGGAUACAAAUAAGCAAUCAGGAAACAAUAUCAAUAUAACUCGUAAGGAUACAAGCAACAAAGUUGCAGUCAUAAGUGGGAGGAGAUGGGUGAUAGGAACGAUGACAAGACUAAUAGUAAUAGUAAUGCAGCCUUAGUGAAGAGUUUGACAGUGUUGAAGGAAUUAUUUGUUUAGCAGAGUGAUGGUGUUCGGGGAAAAAAGAAUAAGGAUAUAGCCUUUAUCACAACUAUAAUGAAAUUUAGUGAUUCUUCACCCCUCUAAGGUUACAGACAUUUUUAUCUAUCUUCUAUCUCGGGGGUCCCCAACCUUUUCGACCUCAGGGAUCACCAAGUUCAUAAUUUUAAAUCCCGCGGACCACUAAUACAAAUCCAGUGCGCCGCUUGCUGAAGCGCCUGGACUGCCAGUGACGGGAUGGGGUCCUUCAGGCACUCUCCAUCCUCUCUCUCUCUCUCUCACUCUCUCUCUCUCUCUCUCUCCCUCUCCCUCUCCCUCUCUUUCUCUCCCCCUCUCUCUUUCUCUCUCCCACUCAUUCUCUCUCAUUCUCUCUGAUUCCCUCUCUCCCUCUUUCAUUCUCUCUCUUUCAUUCUCUCUCUCAUUCUCUCUGUCUCUUUCUCAUUCUCUCUUUCAUUCUGUCUCUUUCUCUCAUUCUGUGUCUCUCUCAUUCUCUCUGUCUCUUUCUCUCUCUCUCUCUCUCUCUCAUUCUCUCUCUGUCAGGUUCCGCAGAACAAAACCCCCAGCCAAAUGAUGUUUAGGUUUGAAGCGUUUAUCUUCUCCGGCACUCACUGACCAUCCAAGCAAUAAACAAUGCAAAGAAAGGAUUGACAGAGCUAACAUCUGGUGCUCCCCACCACCUUUAAAUAGUUCCCAUCGCCACACCCCCUCCUCCACGUGCCUGCCUGUCACCCAGAGCUCCCGGAAGUGCUGAGUCACUGUCUCGUAGUUGUAAAUUUGCUUUGAGGCUCGCCUGCUGCUGGAGACAUUCUGAGGCAGUUCUGGAGGCCCUGUAAGGGGCUUGACAAUAUCCAGCUGUUUGCAACAAGGCUGCCUCCCCUGGGAUCGGCUCCUGAUCGUCUCCCCCCCCCCAAAUGGCAGCUCUGAGCUGAGCAUGCCAGAGCUGAUAUGCGGCCCCUCUACCACGGAGACUGCAUCUGGAGUAGAGAGAACAUGGUCAGGAGGGAUAUGGGUGGUUCGGGCCCCCCCGGCUUAUCUGGGUACUUGUGGUGGAACCGGGCUACCAGUCAAGGUGCCCUAACGUUUGUAUCGGGGACCCAUGAAGCCUCUGACAAAGAGUAGCCUUUCCAUAGGACGAGGUAUUGCAGCUGCCUCCUAUGCCACCUGGUGUCUAGAAGAUCUUCCACCUCAUAGUGCUGUUCCCCGUCUACGUUUACGGGUGGAGGUGGCUGUACAGGACCCCCCCUUAUGUGUGACGGCUGAACUGGCUGGAUCAAGCUGCAGUGGAAGACCGGAUGCAUUUUACCUAAUAAUUGAGGCAAUUUUAAUUGCACCAUGACGGGGUUAAUCACCUUCACAAUAGGAAAUGGUCCAAUGAAUUUAGGGCCAAAUUUCUUACAGAGCACAGAUAACUUUAGCUUUUUGGUAGAAAGGAAUACCAUCUGCCCUACAAAGAAAGGCGUUUGUGGCCUUCGCUUUUUGUCUGCCUACUGUUUGUAUUUCACAGCUGCAUGGUGUAAUGCCGUUUUCACCACCCCCAUACUUAUUGCAUCCGGGCUAUUCACUCCUGCAUACCUGAAUCGGCAGUAGCCACCUGGGGACACUCCGGAAUCAGAAUGAAGUCCCUCCCCAGUGGCUACCUGGAAAGGUUGCGGGAUGGAAGGCUGAGCUAAGGCCUUGGGACAAUCCUAUCAUGUUUACAAAAUUCCGUCAGAAGCGAGCGGUAAACUGCACCCCCCGGUCUGAUAUUAUCCGUUUGGGUACACCAUGGAGCCGAUAGAUGUGGAUGAUAAACAGUUUGGCCAAUUGUUUAGCAGACGGGAGGCCGGUACAUGCUACAAAAUGAGCCUGUUUAGAAAACAGGUCUACAACCGUCCAUAUCACUUUCUUACCCUGGCUGUCCGGUAGGUCCACAAUGAAGUCCAUUGCUAUCUGUUCCCAUGGGCAUAUAGAGUCCCAUGGGCAUAUAGCCACAGGUUGUAACAGUCCGGGAGGGCGCCCUGGCCUGGCUUUCAUGGCCGUACAUAUGACACAGCUGCCUACGUACUCCUUUAUGUCCUUCAUAUGGGGCCACCAGAAUUGGCGAUUGGUUAAAUGCAAUGUUUUGAGGAACCCAAAAUGCCCAGCUAAGCGGACAUCGUGACAUCGACGUAACACUAGCAAAUGGACAGCACUGGGUACAUAUAUUUUGGCUCCCUUCCAGGCAAGACCAUCUCUCUGAGUCAAUAACAAGCGAUUCUCCUGGUACCAUUGAUCUGCUUGUAGGGCUGCCUGGAUGGCCCUGGGUAUGUCCACAAUUUGGGCUCAUGCACGGGUUGUGGAUGACGUAUGUUGGGUAGCUAACACUUUAGUGGGUGGUUUUGGGAUUAUAGCUUGUAUGGAGACCUCCCUCUUUCUGUCAUAUUGUGGUUUACGAGAGAAGGUGUCCGCGGGGAAGUUCUUUUCCCCCGGGAUGUACUUCAGCGUAAAGUUGAAUCUCCUAAAAUAUAACGCCCACCUCAACUGUUUCGGCGAUAGUCACUGUGGGGAUUGGAGGGCUUCCAGGUUCUUAUGGUCUGUCCAGACCUCAAAGGCCAACCCUCCCCCUUCUAAUAAUUGCCACAUUUAACAAGGCCCACCGGACUGCGAAUGCUUCCUUUCCCUAUAUUGACCAAUUACAUUCAGUCUCAGUCAAUUUUCUGGAGGUAUAAGCACACGGCUGGAGGACCCUGUCAUUGUUCGUCUGUAGAAGAGCGGCCACUGCCAUGUCACUAGCGUUGACCUGGACUACAAACGGCUUGUCUGUUUCUGGGUGUUUAAGCACUGGCUCGUUUGCAAACAGGGCUUUCAAUUGCUCAAACGCCUGCUGACACUCAAUCGUCCAUACCACCUGACAACCAGGGUGUAGGGACUUUUUGAGAUGUUUUGUUUUCAAGAGAUCAGUCAGUGGGAGAGCCACUUGGGCAAAGGAUAGGAUGAACUGGCGAUAGAAAUUAGAGAACCUCAAAAAACUAGCUGUUUGCGAGUUUUGGGGGCUUGCCAGUCCAACAUCACCUUUACCUUCGCAGGAUCCAUUUCAACACCGUUAGGUGAGAUACGGAACACAAGGUAAUCCAGCCGUGACCGGUGGUACUCACAUUUCAAUAAUUUUACGUAUAAUUGUGCCGCUAGUAGAUUUUUCAGGACCUGACACACUAGGGCGACAUGUUCCUCCAUGGUCCUGGUAUAUAUUAAGAUAUUGUCUAGGUAGACGAACACCCCUUUGUAUAAAUGUUCAUGCAACACCUCAUUGAUGAGCUGCAUGAACACAGCUGGAGCUCCCUGGAGGCCAAAGGACAUAACUCUGAACUGAUAGCUUCCCAGGGGACAAUUAAAGGCUGUUUUCCAUUCGUCCCCUGCCCAUAUCCUUAUCCAAUAAUACGCCUCCCUGAGAUCUAACUUUAUGAAAACACGGCCCUCCGCCAACUGGGCCAACAUAUCCUUCAUCAACGGGAGAGGAUAUAAGUGCUCUAUAUAGACUGCGUUAAUUUCCAGGAAGUCAACACAAAGGCGUAGGCCUCCAUCUUUCUUUUCGUGGAAAAGGAUGGGUGCCGCCACCCGGGACCUCGUUGACUGAAUGAAUCCCCUUUUUAGAUUUUUUUUCUAUGUAUGCCCUCAUCUCUGUCAGUUCCUGUGGGGUCAUAGAAUACAAUUUGGGCUUGGGUAGUUUAGCUCUGGGGAGGAUCUCAAUAGCGUAAUCCGUGGACCGGUGACGAGGUAGGGUGUUACACUCUCAUUUGCUAAAUAUCUGUUUCAGGUCUGCAUAUAUUCUAAGGAAUUCUCCAUCAUCCGUUGUUUUAACAUGGGGUAGUGUGAUACUUCGCCCCUCCCUAUCUGGUCUCGGUUCUUGGAGUUUCCCCUCAUGGGGUGGCUGGUCAGGGCCAAUCCCUAUCCGCAGAUGGCGAGAGCCACUCCCCCACCAUAUUGUUGGGCCCCACUUAUCUAACCAUGCUAGGCCAAGUACUAUCUCCUCCGUAAUACUCGGGACCACAAUAAACCUCAGUGUCCCUAGAUGUUGCCCAAUACCACCCUUUCUGUGACAUGCAUGGCUGGUCGACUCCCCAACAAUGACCCAUUCAUUUUCUCAAAGCAUAUUGGCUUUGCCAGUGACCUAAGGCCUACCCCCAAACUGGCGGCUAUGGUAGCAUUCACCAAACAACGAGUACACCCUGAAUCAAUCAGGGCUGUACAGUUCCGUCGUUUGCUUGCCUCUACCACCACCGGUAUGACAAAUGGUUUGACCGGUCUACAUACCAUUGGAUCGGAGUCUCUUUCCAUGUCCACUGGCAUCAGGGGUGUCAACUCUGCUACUAAACGCGGUAUGGAGCGUGCUUCCCUGGCUUGCCCUCUGUGAUUUCUCUGGCCCAUCCUUGAUGCUCUUCCUGGCUGUUCCCUUCUUUGUGCUGGAUGAACUACUGGACCCCUUUGGAGCGUUGUCAUUGCAGUCAGCCGCCCUGUGACCCUGCCGCCCACACUGGAAACGUGAUCAGCGGCCUGACCAAAGAUGGCUUUCCAGGUCCAGGUGCCACAGGGAGAGGGGCCAUUGCUGAUAGUAGGGGCCCCCAUGGCCCAAGGCCUGUGGUCCGGGUUGGAGAUGGCAAUGGCCUUUGUCCUCAGGCUCCCCACUCUCUUUUUGGUCUGUCUUCCCGGAAUUCCACAUCGAGUUCCAUUGCGGCCUGGAACCAUACUGGCAAUCUUGGGGGCAGUCCUCAGCACAUACAGGUGCGGCAUAGAGCACAGUCAAGGCCGACCUUGAAGUGAUGCACAAUCAGCUGCUCUGGCCAACCCCUUGUCAGCUAGGCGCCAGAAUUCCCUAAUGUAUUCUCAUACAGGCCUCCCCCGUUGUUUAACUGCAAGCAGUUCAUCCUCCGCUUCCUGGGUCCUUGUACUGUCCUCGAAUCAUUCUUGCAAUGCUGCUAAGAACAGACCUAUGUCGCCUAGUUUGGCAACGUGUUCUACGUAGAGGUCCACCACCCAAUCAGCGGCCUCUUCAUCCAUUACUGCUGCCACCGCCAUUAUCAUGUCCCAAUUGGACGUGUAUAAAUGGCCGUAACGGUCCAGGUGGUUUACAACCUGGCCCAGUAAAAGGGCUACUUUCCCUGGGCUGCCGUCAAAUGUGGCCCGCACUGGUGGUGGAUCCCAAUGUUCCAUGGCCAUGGCCAACGGACACACCUCUGUGGCCUAGGGGGGGUAGUUCUCAUAUCCUGGUGACCUCUCCCCCAGUACGUGCUAACCUCCAGGGAACUGAGGUGUCUGGUGACCACCCGGCCUGGAUGGCCGGCGGUCUGUCCCUGUGGGCUUCUCCUGGGGGUCUCUGCUGGGAACCCGAAACCCACCGGCCACCCCUCCUGGCUGUUGGGGUCCGUGUGGUGGGUGGCCUGUUGCAGCCAGGUCCCACCAUCCACUGUCAUGUCCUGGCUCACGAAACCCACCGCCCCAAACAACUCCUGCAGCACGUCUAUGGUCUGGCUGCCGACUCUGGUGGAGAAGCUCCAAUCGUUAUCUGAUAUCCUCCUUUCCUGUCACUGGGCAAAAUGGGUCCCAGAUGGGGUGAGUGGAGGAACAGACGGCAGAGUGGCCCUGCGGCCCAGACCCCAUUCCCCACUGGAUCCUGGUGGCCUUUGUCCAGCCUCUGGCUCCCCAUGCUCCACCGGAAGCUCCCUUGCGCUGGAGUGGUCUUUGGGUCUAAUGUCCAGGGAUGCCUUCCCUGCCAGGUCUGGUAUGGCUUCCAGUACAGUGACUUCAGUUGCCACUGCAGAAUCCUCCAAAUCAGCUACCUCUAACCCCAAUACUGUAUCUUCAGCCAUGGUCAAGAGCUCUGUCAAAUUGUCAGGUUCCGCAGAAAAAAACUCCCAGCCAAAUGAUGUUUAGGUUUGAAGCGUUUAUCUUCUCCGGCACUCACCAUCCAAGCAAUAAACAAUGCAAAGAAAGGAUUGACAGAGCUAACAUCCGGUGCUCCCCACCACCUUUAAACAGUUCCCGCCACCACACCCCGUCCCCCAUGUGCCUGCCUGUCACCCAGUGCUCCCGGAAGUGCUGAGUCACUCUGAGUUGUCUCACAGUUGUAAGUUGUGCUUCUGAGGCUCGCUUGCUGCUGGAGACAUUCUGAGGCAGUUCUGGAGGCCUUGUAAGGGGCUUGACAAUGUCCAGCUGUUUGCAGCAAGGCUGCCUCCCCUGGGAUCGGCCCCUGAUGGUCUUUUCUCCCCCUCCCCGAAUGGCAGCUCCAAGCUGAGCAUGCCAGAGCUGACACUCUCAUUCUCUUUCUCUUUUGUUCUGUCUCUGUCUCUUUCUCUUUCAUUCUCUGCCUCUUUCUCUCUGUGUCUCGUUCUGAUUCUCUCUGAUUCCACUUCAUUGUCUCUCUCUCUCUCAUUCUGUCUCUCUCUCUUUUUCAUUCUGUCUUUCUCUCUCUCUCCCCAACCUUUCUCUCUAUCUCUCUUUCUCCCCCUCUCUUUCUCUGUCUCAUCUCUCUUUCCCCUUUUUUCUCUCUCUCCCACUCUCACAUUCUCUCUCUCAUUCUCUGUCUUCAUUCUCUCUCUCAUUCUCUUUCUCUCAUCUCAUGGGCCAGCCAGUGUCUUGGGGCUGAGAGGAAGUCAAGCAUCUCCCCAAGAGACCGAGGUGUGUGGAGCACCAACAAGGGCCGUAAGAAACGGCCAUAAGAUCCUGCAAGAGACGAAGCUUCGCUCCUGCUCUGGAAUAUGGAGCAAAUCUCCAUCCCCCACCCUUCCCUUGCCAGGCGAAGAGUGAGAGGGAAGGGAGGGCGAGGGGCGGGGAUAGCCACUGGUAGGUUCAGCCAACAGGAAGCUACAGCAAGGGGAAGAAAACAGCCCGGGGCUCCCGCCACCCGUUUCUUCAGCCACCUGCACUGCCACCCCCUUUGCACCAUUUCCUCAUUCCGGCCAGCGAGGACUGCGCUGCAAAGUUGCAAGUUGCACGAACUUCCCUCUACAUUUAUUUACAGCCCCAGCAUGAGCUGCCUGGCCAGUCCCAUAUUCCAGAGCUCUAGUCACAGGACUGGCCAUUGCUCAUCCCGGAGCAGCUCUUCCACCCAGGUGCGCUGCAGACCACCAAAAUUUUGUCACGGACCACCGACGUUUAUACAAGAAACGAUGAUGGCUAUGCAGGAGAAAAUGUCAAAUAACCAUUCUGAAUUAAAAACAGACAUACAUGCACUGGACAAGAAGAUGAAUGAAAUUCAAGUCUCAAUAUUCAAUAAUGAGCAAAGGAUCCAGAAGGCGGAGCAAAGAAUUGAACAGAAUGAGAAAAAACUAGAUACGGUAGACCAGACGUUGACGAUGCAGAACAAGGAAUUAGAAGAUUCAUUAAUCCAACUGGAAAUGUACAGGGCUUCGUUUUACUUACGGUUCCAAAAUGUCAUAGAAGACAAAGAUGAAGAUCUGGGAGAAAAAAUGGCUGAACUGAUAGCGGAAGUGCUCCAACAGAGUAAGCAAGAAAUUAUUAGAGAAUUGGACGAUGAUUAUAGGGUACAAACAAAUUAUGCGAGGAGAAACAGGCUCCCCAGGGAGGUCCACGUGAGGUUUGCGAGAAAGAAAGUGAAAGACAUCUUGUAUAACAUGGCGAGAAGGGCAAAUUACGUAUAGAGGAAAAGAGGUGAUCAUAUUAAAGCAAGUGCCAAGAAGAGUGAGGGAGGUAAGAAAGGACUACAGAUUCCUAGCCAUGCAAUUGAAUAAAAGGAACAUACUUUUUAGAUGGCUCUUGCCAGAAGGGAUGUUAAUUACAUGGCAGGGGAGGAAAAUAAAAAUAGCCUGAGUUCAGCACAAGAUUUCCUCAACCAGCUAAGAGGGGCGGAAGAAGAAUAGAGCAGUAAAGAGGAAAUCGAGGCAAUUAACCUAGAAGAAGAAACUUCACAUAAACGAAAUAGUAAAGAAGAAAUCGCGGAGGAGAAGAAGAUAGAAGAAGAAGAAGCCAAAGGGAAAAAAACAAGACCAGUAAGAGCCGUAAGAACAAACAGGAACUAGGAACCAGACAAGGAAAUCAGGAAUGAAUAACCUAAAACUAAUAUCAAUAAACGUUAACGGAUUGAAUGAUUACAAAAAGAGGAAGUCAACACUCACAAAGUUAGCGAAACAAAAUGCAGACAUAAUCUGCUACAGGAAGUUCAUAUAAAAAAGGAUGAGGGCACUUGUCUAGAAUACACAAAAUACGGCAAAAUAUUUACUUCACUAGCAGAGAAAAAAAGGGGGGGUAGUAAUUUAUGUAAAAAAGGAAUAGAAGCUGAAUUAAAGUACAAUGAUACAAAGGGCAGAACUCUUAUGAUCGAGGUCACUAGAGGUAAUUCCAAAAUGCUAAUAGCGGGCAUCUAUGCUCCAAACAAAAAAUGGAGAAUACUUCCAAAAACUCCAUGAACAAUUAGGAAAAUUGGCACACAACGAAAUUUGCAUUAUAGGCGACUUCAAUGGCAUUGUAGAUCCGGACAAAGAUUAUAAAAGUAAUAA